AGCUACUUGUUGUUUGAAGGAACCAACAUCAAAAAUUUUACCCGUCUAAUCAAACGGACCCUCUAACAUACAUCACAUAUUAGUGAUAGUUGUGAACCGUUUGAAAGUUAUUGUCGUUCUUGAUCAAGCUCGAACUUGUUCUACUCCACGUCCGCUUCAACAUCUAGUUCUCCACUCCACUUCUCAAGGACUUCCCCUGUGGGUGCUGUUUGCAUUUGGUUGUAUCAACUAGUACAACAUCCACCAACUACCCCAGAAAAAAUGUCAGUCGAUCCUCAGUUUGAGAAGAAGGGUGAUGCAUCCCGUGCCCACAUGCGUGAUAUGGAAGGAACGGCCCGCAAACUCCAUCCUGGGACCGUCGACUUCGCCGCAUACGUUCAGGCUCAUGACAGACGGUACUUGGGCUUCCAAGGAGAGCUGUACUUGGGACGACCGACCGGCAAUGACUCCAGCAACCUGUGCUCUUUGACGAAUCCGCCACAGUACUAUUCAUGAUUCAUUUAUUUGAAAUUGAAUCACAAAAAUUUGUGCUCAUGAUCAUGGUUGAAAAUAUGAAGAAAUGUUGACUACAAGAAGCCACAGUAUCCAUCGAGAUUGAGAUGAACAAUGAAUAGCUCAUUGUAUUUAUUGGACUAAGUUAGUACUUGAUUUCUCUUAUGAUCUCUUAUUUGAUAGGACAACUAGGUAGUUAGAACUAGAAGUUUGAUGUGAACGCUUUGUGCAGCGAUGUGCGAGUGUGCUCUCUCACCUCAGGUAUUGGAAGCGAUAUUACUACAAGGGUGAAGCCUUGAAGGAGGUGUUUGAUGAAGCGGAUCACGUUGCCGAGAAACGCUACGGCCGAAAGCCGCCGCCGGUCGACAUUUCGGGAGUUUUUAAACUUGGUACUGAAGUAGCGAAGAUUUUAUUUUUAUUGAGUUCUAGCCGUCCCACUUCUGGACCUGGAGGUUGACAUUUCGGGAGUUUUUAAGUCACUUAAGUAUUUCGGGAUACGAAUAAUUUUUUUAUGCAUCUUGUUCAUAAGUAAGUAUGUUGCAUAAACGCCCUCUGAGCGUGAAGCAUGUUUGUCCGUCCUGGUGAAAAAUUGUACUCUCGCACUCGCGCCGAAGAUUGCAUUUUUCAUUACAACUACAGGCGAGCAGCUCCGCGACGAUGUCUUGGUUGCUGAGAAGCCGAAGGAAGUCACUGGGCGUCCCAUCACUUUCCACUCCGUCUUAUCCCACAAGUACACGGACAGUCUGUUAAGGCUCAAUGCAAUUCAUUUCUAUUUCUUCUAUUUACGUCAUUUGUUUCUCCCCAUAAUUGAUUGGCUCCUUUCCUAAGGAGGACGAUCACAAUUGGGAGAAUAAAUACAGGGAACUACAAGAAAUGAAUUGUAUUGCUGAGCUCUAAGUCUGGGCAAGGCUGUCGAAGCCGAUGCUAAGCCCUAUCAGUACUGCAAACAAGCUCAUAUGUCCAAGAAAUCGGAACUGCAUUUCAUUGCUUCCCAGUUGUAUCGCAAGGACCGUGAUUUAAUCCUGGAUCGCCCAUCGGUCUUCAAGCGCACAAGCAGUUUGCAAACCCAUUUCCCAGAUCAGCUGAAAGAAGUAUCAGGGGCCGCGAGCUCAGUGGAGGCGCCGUGAGAAGCGCCGUAAGCAGCGCCCUAAGAAGCCCGAAAGAUGAAGCCGAAGGAGCAGAGAUAAGAUGUUGGAGAUGUUGGGUACGAGUAUUAUCAGUAUCAUAUAUGGUCUGGACGCACAAGGUACGAAGGAGUAGAAGAACGCGGUGGCGGUGGGACAGAACUUGGUCUUCCUUCCCGUGGGAUCCUAAGACGAGGAUCACGAGAUGUUCUUCGGCCAUUGCUAUUCAAGAGUUUUCAGAAAAUACAGCAGCACCUACUUCCUUGGAAUAUGAUUAGAGGCUAUUAGCAUCUCUGUCAUUAUAGCGAAAUAGGACUUCAUUUGUAAGAACUCGAAUUUGCUUUUUCUGAUGUCACAGGAGAAGGACGGACACGGAGUGAAACAAACAGACGAAAUCAUUAACUCAUAUUGCUUAUCGUUAUCAAGUAGAUAUUACUUACCUUUAAUUGGAACACCAGGGACGAGUAGAAUAAUUGAAAGAACAACGACUCAACGAUGAAUUCUUCUAAUGUACAUAAAUGUGAAUGUUUAUGUUUUUCAACAAUUCCUCGUACAAGCUGCUUAUUGUAGGAGUAUGAGUAAAGGGGGAUGAUGCCAUCAGCAGCAUAAUUUGUGAAAUCAAAGGAACUCUCAAACAACUUUAGCAGGUGCACCAUUGCUUACUAGUACAAGAAGAGGGAACGCAUAAUAUUUGACCAUUGCUGUUCGUCUAAUGAUCGAU